CGGUCGCGACGAUUGAAAUUUUAAUUUUCCGCACCCACGCCCUCGCCCCUUCUUAUCUCCCCCCCCUUUGCCCUCACUCCACCACACAACACACCAAACUUCUCUCUUUGUUUCUCUCUCUCCCGAAACCCUAACCCUAACCCUAACCCUAAGGUCUUGCAAUGAAAGGAGGGAAAUCGAAGGCUGAAACGGUGAAAAAAGCCGACAGCAGGCUCUCUGUAAAGAGGAAAGCAACCGAUAAAGUGAGCACGAAACCAGCGAAGAAGGAGAAACCUGGAAAGGAUCCUAACAAGCCGAAAAGGCCUCCGAGCGCCUUUUUCAUUUUCAUGGAGGAAUUUCGGAAACAGUUCAAGGAGAAAAAUCCCGGCAACAAAUCCGUCGCUGCUGUCGGUAAGGCUGCUGGAGAGAAAUGGAAGUCGAUGUCGGCAUCUGAUAAAGCACCGUAUGAAUCUAAAGCAGCUAAGAGGAAGGCCGAAUACAACAAGGUUAUGGCGACUUACAACAAGAAGUCGGAUGUAGUAGUAACUAAAUCCAAAGCAAAAGCUAAAGCUGAUGAAGAAGAUGAAGAUGAUGAGGAAGAAUCUGACAAGUCAAAGUCUGAAGUAAAUGAUGAAGAUGACGAGGAAGAGAGUGGAGAGGAAGAGGAUGAUGACUAGGCAGAUAAAAGGGGUCGAAAAAAUGGGAAGCAGAGAUGUGUAGGUUUGUAGUACUUCUGAUCAAAAUCUCAUGUGAUUACGAAAAGGAAAGUUGUUUUUGGGUUUUUUCCGUUCUUUGCAAUAGUUUCUGGAUGUUUCCAGUAGCUCAUGGCUGUAUCCUGGCCAUUCGUUGAUCCUGUACUUAACCUUUCGCUUCAUGCUUCAACAACUCAGGUGUAGUUUUCUGUUUUUGGCCCUAUCUCUACAACAUCUCUGCUAUUGGUUCUCAAACAUAAUUAGUUUGGUUUGGUUUUCUAUAA